AAUACGCCGCCCACUGAACACUCCCCGAAACGCCGAUGGACUGGGUGAGAGCAAGAGCAUAUCCGAUUCAGCUCAUGACGCGCUACUCGUAAUUCAAUGGAGAACCUCACCAUUUCCGACCCUCCCCCUCCUAUGCAGCACGGCGGUGGGGGGGGGAUGCCGCCAGUUCUCGGGCGUCCCCCUCCGCCGCCCCAGCAGCUGCCCGCCCAGAUGUUCACCACGGCCGCCCAACUCUUGGAUCUCACCGACAAAAAGCUCAUGGUAGCACUGCGCGACGGCCGGAAGCUUCUGGGAAUCUUGCGCAGUUGGGAUCAAUUUGCAAACUUGGUCCUGCAGUCCACCAAGGAGAGGAUCUUCGUGCCGCCCGGAACGGCGCCCGACCAGCCUCGGGGCUUGUACGCUGACAUCGACCGCGGCCUGUUCCUGGUGCGCGGUGAGAACGUGCUGCUGUUGGGCGAGAUCGACCUCGACAAGGACGACGAACCGCCGCCGGGCUACGACCUGGCCGAUGUUGAGCUAGUCCAGAACCUAGCCAAGCAAAGAAAGCUGAACGACAAGACGAAGGAGAAGAAAAAGGUGAAGAUGCUCGCUAAAGAGGGCUUUGAGGGCGAGAACCUGGGCGAAAUUCUGUUCUAAGCAGCAGGAAGGAACGUCAGCAUGACAGAUUCAGUGAGGAGAGGACAGGUGGCUUGGAAGCAGAAUAUUGUGAAAUGCUCUCCAUCCACUUCCGAGACUUAUAGUCACCGGGCUUCGCAGAGACGAGUGCCAAAGAAUAGCAACCGUCCCGGAUGCCGUUUCCCGACCUCGAGUUCCCUGGGCCAUCGAUUGAUCCAUCGAUCCCGGUUUCGCACAACUAACGGCCUCCUUGCAGGGACUAGAGUUACACCAUACCUUAUGAUCUUUGGCGUUGAAUAAUGC